GAUAUGUAGAGGACCAAAAAACUUUGAGACCGUUUCUUACUUCCUGUAUAAAUUGGCCAAAACUCCAAUUCCUUUUCCCCAUCUUCUUGUUACUCAAAACUUCAUGCACUAGCUUUCUUUUUUCGUUUCUUUUCUUUCCUCUUUUAAAUCGCAAAAACUCUCUACUUUUCUGUUAAAAGUACACCACCAUUGAAGUUUCUCAAAAAACCACUUACUCAUGGCGUCUCAAGCGGAAAACGUUGUUUAUGAAGAGGGUUAUGUCACAUCUCGAGGACUGCAGCUUUUCACCUGCGUAUGGAAACCAGCAAAUCAAGAACCAAAAGCCUUAAUCUUUUUCUGCCAUGGUUAUGGCAUGGAAUGCAGCAUCACAAUGGACAGCACGGCAAGAAGGCUUGUCCAAGCAGGAUAUGCAAUGUAUGGGAUGGAUUAUGAAGGCCAUGGAAAAUCAGCAGGACUUCAGGGCUAUGUGGAAUCCUUCGACAACGUCGUUGAUGAUGUCUCUGAUCAUUAUACAUCAAUAUGUGAAAAGAAAGAGAACAGAAAGAAACUGAGAUUUUUGAUGGGGGAGUCAAUGGGAGGAGCUAUGGCUCUGCAAGUUCACAGGAAGAAACCAGAGUACUGGGAUGGUGCCGUGUUGGUUGCUCCUAUGUGUAAGAUUGCAGAUGAGAUGAAGCCAUCUCCAAUGGUUGUUAAUGCUUUGGUUAAGCUCAGCAGGGUUAUUCCUACUUGGAAAGUAAUCCCUUCAAACGACGUUAUUGAUUCUGCGUUUAAAGUGCCUGAAGUUAGAGAACAGGUAAGAGCAAACCAAUAUUGUUACAAAGGCCGACCUCGCUUGAAAACUGGCUAUGAACUUUUGAGGGUCAGUACAGAUAUUGAAAAAAAUCUAAAUGAGGUCUCACUCCCCUUCUUGGUCCUCCAUGGGGAAGAUGAUAAAGUUACUGAUAAAUCAGUGAGCAAACAGCUCUAUGAAGUGGCAUCCAGUAAAGACAAAACCCUCAAAUUGUAUCCAGGAAUGUGGCACGGUUUGCUGUAUGGAGAGCCACCCGAAAACCUUGAAAUUGUAUUUUCUGACAUUAUAGGUUGGUUAAAUGAGAAGGUUACCUCAGGAAAUGCAAGGUUGGAGAACGAGCUCAAGAAUGAGAAUGACAAAUCUAUCCAAGACCAUUAAUCAGGAGCAAUGAGCUUCCUUGUGAGGGUACAAGAAGAUAAUCAAUAGGCACGAAGAAACUUUAGGGCAGAAAAAGAACUAAGAAGUUUCUUACCCUUUUUCUCCUGCUUUAUGGCCAUCUAAUAUAACAAAAUGGAGAUGAGCGACGACCUGGCAUUCUCCUACUUAUGUUGAAAAUAUAAAAUAAAAUAUAGAAAAUUAAAUUAUUUAUUCUAAUUUCUUAUUGUUUUAAGUUUUGCUUUGUACUAUGUCAAUGUAUAGACAAAGACAUAGAGAGAGGAUAAACUUUUAUAUAUAACCAUUACAAAGAUGACAUGGUGUAACAAACCAUCCAUAGUCAAACAAUAAUUAUUUUGAUUA